GAGCACUUCAAUGCAUCACACAUGGAUAAUGUUACAGUACCUUGGUGACUAAGAUCAUCAUACAGUCUCUGCUUACGAUGUGAUCUCAUCUCACACGGUCACCAAGUGAAAGAGAAAGUAGCUUCGAGGGACUCGGAUUUGAUCAACUUUACUAUUUUUUAAUCUUAUUUAGUCCUAAAAGUGCUUCUGGUUUGAACGACGGAGAAAUCAUGAAGUUGUUCCUCGUUUUAAGCGUCUUUAUAGCAUUUACAGGAAAGCCUGUGAGUUCCUCCUGUGAAAUUGAAUUCAGCCCUCCCAAUGUUGUGGUGAGAUUUGGAGACCCCUUCUCGCUCAACUGCAGCUCAACAUCCAACCAGAUCGAUUCAAUGGGCUGGGAGGCUAUUUACGGAACAGGUACAGGAAUACAGUUUGGGGUAUCUUCUGUUGCCUUAAAAAUAGACUCUGUGAAGGACUGGCAAAUGGAACCUCAGUGCUUCGUUAAUCUCGAAAAUGGUGUUCAGUGUUCAGAAACCCUAAACUUCACCGUUUACAAAAUGCCGGACUUCAUCUCUCAGCCAAGUCAAAUGGACCCCAUGGUCGAGGGUGAAAAGUAUCGCUUGCAGUGUGACAUUGUAGAUGUUACACCAAUAAGACACCUCUUUGUGGUCUGGCACAUAGGAAAUAGUAUAAUCUACGAACACUCAUUUACUGAUAACACUACAUUUCCAGUCAAUACUUCAUCUGUCUUAAAUCUGACUGCUCAAAGAGGCUAUAAUGGAGCUCAGGUCUGGUGUGAAGCAAAGAUGAUAUUUUCGCCACCGGUACAAAGCCUUCCCACGAUCCAGUCCAAGCCUCAGAAACUGAUUGUACUGUACUCGCCAACAUUCACCACGCCCGAAAAUGAGACGUUUGAACUCUCAGCUAGGAAUAAAAUAAUGUUGAAUUGCACUGCUACAGGAAACCCAAUGCCGGUAUACAGCUGGGGUUUCGCACACCCAAUACAACAGACGAAGAAGAAUGACAGUCAGCUCAUUUUGACCCCAUCCAUUCGGCUUCCAGGGACCUACAACUGCACAGCGUCCAAUACCCAGGGCUCCAGCACCAAGUAUUUCACGGUCAUCGAAGCUCCAAGGAACCGCACUACCUUUGCAGCCUUGGUUGGAGGAUUUGUGUUCCUAGGAGCCGUGCUCUUCAUUGGCGGUCUUCUUUUUGUGAAACCUGAUGGCACGUUUUCUUUCAGCAAAGUCGGCUAUCUCUAAGGACAGCUUGCCUCAUCAGGACCUGUAUGAGGCCAACUUUUUUUUAAUUCAAUUUUGCAUGGGUAUGCCAUUGUCAGGUGAAGGUUGCUCCCUCGUCCUGAAGCCCUCCAGGGUGGUGGUGGGCUUUGGGGAGCCGGUGUCGGUCAGCUGUGAGGCCACUCGCCCGGUUCGGGUCCUGGGCUGGGAGUCUGUCAUCAGUGCUGCACACACUCAACAGGAUCUGUCCGUCCAGUGGAAAGUAGACAGCCUCAUUGAUUGGAUAGAGGAGCCUAUCUGUUAUGGUGUGUUUUUCACAGCUCCCAGACAGUGUGAGGAAAAACUCAACCUUGUCCUCUACAAAACCCCAGAUAGUGUCUCCAUCAGGCCUGUGAACCACUCUGGCCCCAUGGUGGAGGGAAAUGAGUACCAGUUGCUCUGCGAGGUUCAAAACAUUGCUCCGGUUCAAUACCUCACCCUGAGGUGGUACAAGGGGCAGACUGAGGUAUACAACCACUCCUUCACUGAACUCACAUCGUCAUCGCCUGUCCAAGUGUCCUCUAUCCUCAUGGUCACACCAACAAAAGCCGAAAAUGGAGCACAUUACAGGUGCGUAGCGGAGCUGGAGCUCGGACCAGAGGGACCACAGCCCCCCCCCAGUGUGACCUCGGAGCCUCUCAAUGCCUCUGUGUACUUUCCUCCUACUUUCCUCGAUCCGGUACCAGCGGUCUUGGACCUUACAGUAGGUGCUGAAAUGACCUUAAACUGCACCGCCACAGGGAACCCUACGCCUGUGUACAGCUGGCAAUCCUCCAAUCCCAUUCCCGAGGGGAUGGGCGAUGAAGCAGCUCUUACCUCCUCCUCACUGCUGCCAGGGACCUACACCUGCACAGCCUCCAAUACACUGGAGAAGAAGAGCAAGCAGUUUAUCGUCAAGGCCAAGACCAAAGGUGUUUGAAACAGGAAAUCCUGAGAAGGGCUCAGAUGACAACAAUGGACAUACAAGGAGAAUCCAACAAUGGGGAUUUUACUGCUGCUGCUUUAGAGAUGGAAAUGACCUUCUUGACUCAACAGAUAUUUAUGAGGAUCUUGCUAUCAGGCAGGAUUAGAUCUCAAUUAAAAACAAUAUAUUUGAUAUACUUUGUUUGGUAACUGUUGUUUAAACUGUCAGUAUGUUAACAUGAAAGUGUUCGUGAGAUAGAUUCGUUAUUUAGGAUAUAGUUAUGCUUUCAAUGUGAUAUCCUUUCUCUAAUUUAUAUAUUUUCUAGAUCUAUUUUCGUAUUAAUGAAAUUAUUGUGUAAUCUUACCAAUGUGUAGCUACUCCUGAUAUAAAAUGAUGACGACAUUGUUAUUAAUGUAUGCUGGAAAUUAAUUAGAGAACGUUAAAGAUCACCCGGUCAUUACUGUAAAUAUGAAUUGUUAAUUUUCUUAUCUUUAUGAAUAAAAGUUAAAUGAAAACAUU